GAAAAAAGAGAGAAGUCUGAUAACAGAAAAGACAGAAGAGCGGCGGGAAGUGCGAUAAGGAGAUUGUUAUAUAUAUAUGCGUUUUAUAGGGUUCAAGUUUCAAUUUCAAUUUCAAUUUCAACUCCAACACUCUGCUUCCGAUGAGUAUCUCUCCAGUUAUGCCGCUUAGUGAAAUCAACGAUGAUCUCAUCACCGAAGUCCUAGCAAUGCUUACGGUUAAAUCUCUUAUGCAACUCAAGUGUGUAUGCAAAUCCUGGUACUCACUCUUCUCCGAACCCUUCUUCAUCAAAAUGCACCUCAAAAGAUCUUCACGAAACCCUUACCUCACAUUAUACUCACGCUAUACCCUAUUCAAUCUCUUCCCCAUGCGCCAUUUACUCAAGACUCACCGUGUCACCCUUGAUAAUCAUGAUCCUAAUUGCCAAUUGCUGAUGGACAAGAACUCUCACCGGAUUAUUGGCUCCUGCAAUGGAUUGAUUUGCCUUAUUAGUUCUCAGGUUAACUUCUUUUUCUAUUUAUGGAACCCUGCCACCAGGUCACUCUCUCAAACACUAGGCUCUUUUACUGAUCCUGUUAGUCCUCCAAAUUUCAAAUUUUCAUUUGGUUAUGAUAAUUUAACCCAUAGAUUUAAGGUAGUGGCCUUCCGUCCCAAUGAAGUCAGAGUUUUCAGUUUCGGCGAUAAUGUUUGGAGAAAUAUUCAAUGUUUUCCUACUGAUCCUUAUUUUUAUAGCAGUAUCUGUCAUAAGAAUUGUGUCUAUUUAAGUAAUAGUCUUGUUUGGGUUGCACUUCGCCCUAACGAUUUCGUCGAUUCUAGUUGCUAUCAUUGGAAGGAUCUUAUUCUUAAUGUUGAUCAAUAUGUGAUUGUCUCGCUAGAUUUGGGGACGGAGACAAACACACAAUGGCUUCUCCCUCGAGGUUUGGAUGAAGUGUCACCUGUUAUGCCAAUUGUUUCUGUGUUGAUGGAUUGUCUUUGUUUUUCUUAUUAUACCAAGGGAAAUGAUUUUGUUAUAUGGCAGAUGAGACAAUUUGGAAUUGAAGAGUCUUGGACCAAGUUCCUUAAUUUUAAUCAUCAAAAUGUACAUCGCGUCUAUAGUUGCGCUUGGCAUAGUCAGUUUUAUCCAUUACAUGUUUUUGAGAAUGGUGAUACAUUGAUAUUGGCCAGAAAUCAAGAACAAGUUAUUCGCUACAAUAAGAGACAUAAUAGAGUAUAUGAAACUAGAAUUACCAAUAACAUAUAUUGGUAUCUUGCCAAUCAAUUUGUUGAAAGUUUGGUUUCACCUUGUUGAAAAUAUGCAUCUCUAGCUUCAAGCACUAUUGAAGGUACAUGGUAGAAUGGUAGGAAGAAAGCGAUAUUGGAGCUACAAUUUCUUCAGUUAUAGUACUAGUUUUGUAAAAGAAAUGUAUGGGCUUGAUGUGUUCAAUUAGUUUUCUUGGAAAACAUUUGAGGUGACUCACUUCUGAAUUAAUGUUUUGUUUUAUAACUCUACUCCUGUUUCACUCUGUAAGGAAUGUUAUUUCUUUUUCUUUUUCUGUUUUAUUUGGUUUCAUUGUCAUAAUGUGUCACAUUUCAACCCAUUUAUAGCGCAAUUGUCAACUUCAAAGUGAGAAUGAAAGGUAGUUUUUGUCUCUA